AUGAUCAUAUUAAAGUGGGCCGCCUUGGCGGGAUUGGUAGCAUCCCUGGAUAUCCUAGGAGUGAAGCCCGAAGAUCAGCAUCUAUAUAAGGCUGACAAUGGAAAAUGGGCAUGUCUCCUGGACCCCUCUAUAGUGCUUGACCAUAGUCAGAUCAACGACGAUAUCUGUGACUGUCCCGAUGGGUCAGACGAGCCAGGCACUGCUGCAUGCUCCCACUUGAGAGAUAGAAGUCAUGGUUUUUACUGUGCCAAUGAGGGUUUCUUCCCAAGUUACAUUGAAAACUUCAAGGUCAACGACGGCGUCUGCGAUUACGAAAUCUGUUGCGACGGCUCUGACGAAUGGGCCAGUGGCAAGUGUCCUAACAAGUGUGAUGAAGUGAAGCAAAAGUUUGACAGUUUUGUUCAAACACGGAAGGCCGACAUCGACAAGGCAUUGAGAAUUCGUGAUCAGUAUGUGAGGAAGGCUGAACGCGCCAAGGCCACUGUCGUCCAGCAAUUGGAGCAAAUCCAAGAGGAGAUAGCCGUUCUCGAAGGACAGCUUGAAAAGGAGAACAGGAGGCUUGCUGAUGCAAAGAAGCGUGCUGAACAAGGCUCAGAGGAUGAAGGUACGGUGAAGAAAAUCUCAGAGUUAACCACGCAGCUUCAAAGCUACAUCAAAGACUCAAUUGCUUCUGAAAAAAGAAGCAAGUCAACUAUCAACAAACUCGAGGGUCUCUUGAAUGACUUGGUGGAGAAUUAUAACCCGAACUACAACGAUGCCAGUGUGAAGCAGUGCGUCAAUCAGUUCAGAGAAUACAUUACUGGUAAGGAGGAAGAACCCGAAAAGUCUUCGUUCUCAAUAGAGCUGUUUACUGAGAAGUUGAGGAGCCUCAAACCUCCUAGCUUGAAUCCACAAGAUUACAUUUCCAUCGAACCUACAUUCGACAACAUGUUGCAUCACUACUUCACGAAAUUCGUCAACACAUUCAAGCCAAAGACCGAGGAGCACGAGAAGAAGGAGGAAAAGCCUAGCGGUCCCGUCAGCAAUAAAGAGAUCACCAGCAUCGAGAAGUCUAUCGAAAAGUUGGAGAAGGAAUUACACUCCAAAAAAUCAGAGGCCUCAAUCUACGAAGACAAUGUGAACAAGGUCUUCGGCAAAGACGACAUUCUCAGAGCUGUCGAAAAAGAAUGGGUCAAUCGCAAGAUUGGCGAAUACAACUACAAGAUUGGAUAUCUAGACUCCAUUUACCAAGACAAUACACUCGUGGGGCGUUUGACCGGUGUGACAGGCUCAACUCAAAUGCUGGAAUGGUCCACAUAG